UCCCCAACUCUCCUCCCCUAAUAUGGCCAGGAAGAGCCGACAGCGGGAACAGGGUGGGCGUGGCGACGGGGCUCGGCGGUACUGAAAGAGAGCUCCGCGCGUUGAAGGGUGUGGGUUGUUGCUCUCCCCGCACCCUCCACCCUUGUGCGGCGCAUCAUGAGUCCAGCGGCUGGCGGAGCGGCGCCAUGAAGCGCCAGAAUGUGCGGACUCUCGCCCUCAUUGUCUGCACCUUCACCUACCUGCUGGUCGGAGCCGCCGUCUUCGAUGCCCUGGAGUCCAAGCAGGAGACCUCGGAGAAGAAGAACUUGGAUGAAAGGAGGUACGAGCUCAUGACCAAAUACAACCUGAGCGAGAAGAAAUACGAAGAACUGGAGCUGGUGGUCUUGAAACUCAAGCCGCAUCAAGCAGGAGUCCAGUGGAGAUUUGCCGGCUCUUUCUAUUUCGCCAUCACUGUGAUCACAACUAUCGGAUAUGGCCACGCUGCGCCGAGCACAGAUGGAGGAAAGAUUUUCUGCAUGUUUUACGCCUUGCUCGGGAUUCCACUCACCCUGGUCAUGUUUCAGAGCAUGGGAGAGAGAAUCAAUACAUUUGUCAAAUAUCUCCUACACAGAAUCAAGAAGUGCCUGAGAAUGAAACAUACAGAAGUCUCCAUGGCAAACAUGGUCAUCAUUGGCUUUUUUUCCUGCAUUAGCACCCUAUGCAUCGGGGCUGCUGCAUUCUCAUAUUAUGAGGAUUGGACCUUUUUCCAUGCAUAUUACUAUUGCUUCAUCACACUCACCACCAUUGGUUUUGGGGACUAUGUGGCCCUGCAGAAACACGAUGCUCUUCAAAAUAAUCCCCACUAUGUGGCGUUUAGCUUUGUCUACAUUUUGACGGGCCUGACAGUUAUUGGAGCUUUCCUCAAUCUGGUGGUUCUGAGGUUCAUGACGAUGAACUCUGAAGAUGAAAAACGGGAUGCAGAACAGAAAGCCUUGCUCAGAAGAAAUGGACAAACUACCAUCCGCACAACAGAAACCUCUGGCAACUUCCGGAACAUGUACGCAGAAGUUCUUCAUUUUCACUCCAUGUGUUCAUGUCUCUGGUAUAAGAGUCGGGAAAAAUUGCAUUAUUCAUUACCAAUGAUAAUUCCCAGAGACAUAUCAACGUCUGACACUUGCAUCGAACAGAGCGAUGCAUCUCCAAAUAGGCUUCCAGAGACCUUUACCAAUGGGUGUGUGUGUAAUCUCCACAGGUCCACCAUUAGCUCAGUGUCUACGGGACUUCAUAGUUUGUCUGCCCUCAAAGGAUAUACAAAAAGAAGAAGUUCUGUGUAAUAAGGAUUCAGUAGAUUAAUUCUAAUGUUAAUUAAUGGCAUUUGAACGAUUAACAGUAUUUUGGAGUUGAUAGGUGAAUCGGACCAUAUUAAUAUAUUGAAAAUCAACAUCAAAUAUAUUGUAAAUCUGUUCAAAAAAAUUACUGAAAACACUCAGCAGGUCAGGUAGCAUUUUUGGAAAGAGAAACAGUCAUUAUUUCAGGUCAAUUGAAACAUGGAUUCAAUUUUGUUUUCCACACACAGUAUGUUACUUGACCUGCUGAGUGUUUCUGGUGAUUUCUGGGUUAAUAUAUCAUCAGGCAAAAAUAUCACUUAGUCAAAAAUGUGUUGCAAGAAAGUUAUGGGAAAGAAUUUAGACAAACCACUCAACACACUAAUAUGAACAGGGGCAGAGCCAGGUUUAAACAAUGCACUUGCCCCCAGAAGUGACGCUAGAAUGAAAUAUCACUUAGGAUAAACAUGGGACGCACAGUCAUAUAUAUUUAUGUAUCCUGAUGGGAUGAAUAACUACCUAUAAUGCACUGGUGUAAUGGUUUCACAUUGCUCGAGGUGUUACUUAUAUUGAGGAAUGUUUGCAUGCAGUUUGGGAUCUGCAAAUGUGUCAGCACCGCAGUGGGUGUCACAAUCAUUGCUCAUCACACCAGAGAGUGUGGGCUUGGAGUGAAACUGACAUUGAAAAGAAAAGGAGUGGCUGGAGUUGGAAUUGAAGGAUGGAAUCAAGAAUGUGAAGCCAUCAGUUUGAUGCAGAGCUCACUCCCAAUGGCUCUGAUGGAAUGAACUAGAAAUCUGACACGGAGCAUCAUAAUUUGCUAGGUGGUCUACCGAAUUUCCAAAAUACUUGACAAAAAGCUGCACUACUGUAGUAGAUGAGAUAGAUGUGUAAGGUUUGAUUAGUAAGGGUGUCAGGGAUUAUGGGGAGAAGGCAGGACAAUGGAAGUAAGAGGGAACAAUGGGUCAGCCAUGAUUGAAUGGUGUAGUAGACGAUGGGCCGAAAGGCCUAAUUCUGCUCUUAGAACUUAACAUGAUGUACCAGAGACAGGUGUGCAGGUUGAAAAAUCAAGGGUCUCGACCCAAAACAUCACCCAUACCUUCUCUCUAGAGAUGCUGCCUGUCCCGCUGAGUUACUCCAGCAUUUUGUGUCUACCAAUAAUAUAUUUAAAUUUGAGUUUUCCACCGCUUUCAGGAAAUGAUUUGGGGUUUUGAAUGCUUCAUGCCUUCACCCACCAUUUCCUGAAGUCAAGUGAUGAAUAAUGCGGUAGCCCUCCAGGAGGCCAUCGUAAUUACCUGAGGUAAGCUGCAAGAACAAAACAACCGAAUCUCCAAUUACAAUUCAAUGGCAAUUCAGAACAGGUCAUCUGCUCUCUUGAAAUGAGAGCAGAAGCUCAUCUUCUUCAAAAAGUUCACAACGUGGAACAAGGUAUCUUUCCCACUGGAUCAGUAAGGGCCAGAUAAAAAGCAACCGAAUUUGGUCCCAACUUCUAGUAGUAGUCAAUUCUGCAGGUCCUAGAUCUGCAAGUACACAUCCAAGUACUUUUAAAAUGUGAAGGUACACAAAAAUGCUGGAGCAACUCAGCGGAGCAUCUAUGGAGCGAAAGAAAUAGGUGACCUUUCGGGCCGAAACCCUUCUUCAGACUGGGUUACUCCAGCAUUUUGUGUCUACCAAUAAUAUAUUUAAAUUUGAGUUUUCCACCUCUUUCAGGAAAUGAUUUGGGGUUUUGAAUGCUUCAUGUUACUCCAGCAGUCUGAAGAAGGUUUUCGGCCCGAAACGUCACCUAUUUCCUUCGCUCCAUAGAUGCUGCUGCACCCGCUGAGUUUCUCCAGCAUUUUUGUGUACCUUCGAUUUUCCAGCAUCUGCAGUUCCUUCUUGAACACUUUUAAAAUGUGGACUUGUGCUUCUGUGCCUUUAUGCUGUGUCCCAGACAUUUAUUUAUCGGGAGGAAAUAUUUAUUUUUUAAACUCUCCUUUAAACAUUCUACCUAUUACUUAAUCACUCUAUUUCAUCUUUUUUAACCAUUAAUUUACUUUAUCAGCACCUCCCCUAAUUUAAUACGUCAAUUAAUUCUCCUCUCCGUUACCUCUCUUCCACUGAAAUAACCCCAUUUUAUCCAGAUUUUAAUUUUCCAGUCCGGUCAGUUUCCUUGCAAAUCUCCCCAACACUCUCCAGUGCAACAAAAUCCUCCCUGUAGCAUGGUGAGAAUAACUGUAUGCAGUAUUUCCAGUUGCAGUCCAACACCAUUCGGUAUGGUUGCAGUAUAAACUCCCUGCUCUUACAUUCUAUGCCUCAGCUAAUAAAACAAAGCAUCAUGAAUGCAUUUUUAACCACUCAAUCUAAUUGCUCUGCCGCCCCUGUGGAUAUCUACGAUUCCUCUGUUCCUCCGCAAAUAUAAUGAUUCUGCCUUUCCCAUUGCCAACAUUCGAAGAAGAGACACCAAUGUCUGUACAUCUAGCACCCAGAUAAAAAAGUGUAGGGUCUAGCUUUUUUUUUUAGACAAAUAUUGAAACUGUUACAUUACCUGAAUACUUAUUGGAAAUAUUAACUAAUUUAAUAAUGAUACGUUUGUCUUUUUAUAAUGUGCACUGCAUUGGAAACAAUUGGGGACCAGUUGGAAAUAGGAAACAAGAUUAUACAGCCUGCCACAUACAUAAUAAAUGUUUUGCUUGCCAAGUUGUGGCUAUCCUCUCAAAUAUUCACUCAAAAUGAUAACAUUGCUGGCAGAUUGGUUUAGCCCAAUUCAAAUCAAAAUUAAUUACUUUCACUCUUGUACAUGAUUGAGCACUCCAAGAAUAAUUUUCCACUAUUUUCUGACUGAUGCAGCAUCCCAGAGCAAAUCAGAUAAACUCAUUCAUUUAUUAAAUCUUCCACUAGGCUUUUUGUUUUAAAAGCCUCUUUAAAGAUCUCUUCCAUCUGUGGUGCUCAUUUCUUAACUACUUGCCGCCAACAGAAUAUGUAGAUUAAAUAUAAAUGGGCGAGAUCCAUUGUAUCAAAUAAAAUUGCAUCUUACAUGCUGUCUAACUGCAUUGUCAGGUUGAAAGGAAUAAAACUGUUCAAAAACUAAGAACUGCAGAUAAUGAAAUCCCAUUACCUGUAAAGGUAUAAGGCUAAUUGCUAUUAUUGGUGGAUGUGUUUUGACUUGCUCAGCACUUUUUUCAUUUUAUUUUAAAUUCCAGAUUUUAAUUUCAUAAUAAUUUAAAAGUAGUUGAUGUAAAGGCAUUUGCCAUAUUAUACCAUAGUACAUCAGGCCAAUGACAGUCAGAUACACACCAGCAACUCCAUAUCCUAAAGGCCACAACAUUUAGUCUCAUUUACUAACUCCAUCACAGUACAAGGUCAAAAAAAAGUAUUUUCAGUUACUAAAGAUAAUCAAGUGGAAUACUAUUUUGUUAAAUUGGAUGGAACUACUGUAAAUAAAAACAUAUAACAUUGAUCUGAAAUUAAAUUUAUGGCGACAAGAUUUAGAGCAGUAUUAAUCAUACUAGUAUUAAUCAUACUUGCUGAUUGUUUUAAAAAUGGCGAAACUGCUUUUAUCAAAGUGUGGUAUCUAACUGAUAUAUAUUUAGAAAAUUGAGUUGAUGGUUCAAAUUUUCAUUAUGAAAUGCCCCAUUGUAUUUUGAUUUAUUGUCCAGUAGAUCAAGCUACAGAAACUAAAUCUCCUGAAAUUUGCAGUCUCUUGAUUUGCAUUCGAUCCUGCAAUUUUUUAUAAUUCUCAGAAAUCUAUGGGUAAAUGACGACCUUGUCCGAUCAUGUAAUGUGUUAUAAUGAGUCAGCACACUGAUGAUAACAUAUCAUUCCCACCAUAAACCUGCAAAUUAAACAGUGAUGAGACAUAUGCCAAGCUAUGCCCUGAAAUACAGUCACUGCCCCGAAAUGCAAAGUCGUCUUCUGUAACUUACUAUUUUUUGACCUUUCUGUCUCUUUACUACAGAAAUCUUAUAUCUAAUAAUUGAGGCUCUGUAGGUUCUCCAGUCAAACAGCACAACGUCCUUUCACAUCAACAUAAUUCAGAAAGAACUACAAAAGUAUAGAAGUAUAAAUAUCCCUCAAUGGUUUAAGGCUUUUAUGUGAAUGAUUAGUGAUUGACCUAAAUCUAAUUCAGGAUCCCAUACUUGCAUGUUCUCCAUCGCAUACAAGGCCAUUGACUUAAUCUCUGACCUUAAAUCUCUAUAUUAGAUUUUAUUCCCCCAAGGAAAUGUUGUCUGCUUUAAAUUGCAAUUGUUAUUGCAUGAUUUAUCUUGAAAAAAUAUAUAUAGGUAUACUCUAUAUGGAGUGAUAAUGGCAAAAAUAUUUUAUUAUUUCAGUUCAAAUAAAUUAAUUUUUUAUCCCUUAGCAAAUUAAGGUGGUUAUGGAUAUCUGCAAUCUAAUUUUCCCAAUGUAUUUUGUUUUACUACACCCUAUUUAUUUCGACUCCCAACUGUUCAAAGUACUUAGCAGAACUGUGGAUUACAUUUCCAUUUAUGCUUAAAGUGAUUAUAGUCCUGAAUAUUUUGAUACAAUGUGAUCUCAAGAGUCAAUUAAUUACUAUAACCAAAGAGCAUUGUUUGCUAAAUUAUUAUUAAGCAUGACUGCUGCUUUAAUGCUUAAUGUUAAUGAAUAGUUUGAAUUUAUUAACUCUAAAAUGUAGAUAAUGCACUCCUGUUCUCUAAGGCUAUUGUAUGUGACAUAAUAUUUUGAAAAGGGAUCUUGACAAAAUAUGAUCUUCUUAACUCAAUACUGCUUGGCUUCCAAGGUGCAUGCAAGCAUUAGCUCAAGUUCUUCCAUUCUUACUGGGUCACAUUAAACAAUGGAUUGUAAUUUUUUUUUAACUUUAAAAUUGCAUAUAGGAGUUUCCUUUUCAAAAUUCAAUGCAACAUUAAGAAAUAAAAUAUUCUUGCAGCUGCCCAGAAAAAAAUGCUUUCAAUCCGUAGGACUAAAACUGGACUGAUACUGGUAUUGAUACUGGUUUAAUAUUGUCACAUGUACCAAGAUGCAGUGAAAAACUUUGUUUGGCAUGCUAUCGAUGCAAAUUAUAUCAUGCACAAGUACAUCAGAUAGUGCAAAGGAAAAGGUAACAGGGUACAGAAUAGAGUAUUACAGCUACAGAGAAAAUGCAGGUAAAAAUAGUGCAAGAGCUGCAAGGAAGUAGAUUGGAAGAUCGGGAAUUCAUCCCUUGCAUAUGAGAGGUCAUUCCAGAAUCUAAUAACAGCAGGAAAGAUGCUGCUCUUGAGUUUGGUGGUGCGUGCUUUUAAGCUUAUGUAUCUUCUUCCUAACAGGAGAGAGGUUGGGUGUUCUUCGAUAAUGUUGGCUGCUUUCCCAAAACAGCAUGGUAUAGAUUGAGUUGAUGGGGGAGGGGGUUGGAGAUCAGUUUGUGCGGUGUGUAGCAUUCACUAUGCAUUUACAUGCUUCUGUAUAACAAACUUAACAUUGAAGCAUGUAUGAAGUGAAAUGCGAGUGUCAUUGUCACAUUUCUUUUUCUGAUUAAACCAUAAAACGUAUGUUGCAGAAAAAUGCAUAUCUCAGAAAUUUAAUUUUGUAUUCAAAAUUUGCAUGAUAAUAAUGAA